AUGUUUUCACAGUAAUUAGAUUAAUCAAACUCUCAAAAUUCUUCAUAAUAAUCAUAGACCUUUUUGACAGUUCCUCGUCUUAUUCAAUAGGAAUCUCCAGCUUAUCUUAUUGGAGCCCAUAAAUAAAUAGAUUUCGAAGAUCCAAAUUCAUUGUAAAAAAGCGAACAUAGGGAAAGCCUUGAAGAAGGCGAUAUUUUAGGCUCAAAAAUCUCCAUCGAGAAACGUGAAAUCAAUAGGAUUGAUGAAGUCGAAUAACAUUAUAAAUCAUUAAAACUAUUUCAAAUCGAAAUGUAAAAUGUCAGCGGCAGGAAGCUCAUAAUAAAUACCAGAAAAAUUAGUGAUCAAAGUGAAAUUGGAAUUCAAAAGCAAACUGAAUAAAUCAGAAAACCCUCUUCGCCAUCUAUUAAAUUUAAAGAGUGUCCCUUGUAUGAAUAAUUUACUGUGGCUAAAUGGCCUAAAAGAUGGUUCUACAUCAUUAAGUUUUUAAGUAAGUUGAUGUCGGUUUAACCAAAAAUCCUUAAACAAUCUCAUUUAAUGCUAAUUGAUGAUAAGGCUUUUGUUAUAAAUCAAAAGAUAUUUCUUUUUAAUCCAUUUUCUCCAUUCAUUGUUUGGAGUCGCUAUAUUUUUCUAGUAUUAUACAUCUUGGGAUUUGCACUUAUCUACUUAGAAUUCGCUUUUGCUGCGACCAAUAGUGUCUUUAUUAUUUUUUGUAUAUUUAUAAUUUAAUCAAGUUGGAUUCACAAUUAUAGAAACGCUGACCAAUUACUUCAUAGGAGUUUACAUCCAAGAACUAUACACAGAAAAUAGAUGGCAGAUAGCAAAAUAAUAUCUAAUCUAUGACUUUUUACAUAUCAUAAUUUGUCUACUUACACUCUUUUAUUCACAAUAUUUCAGUAAUUUUAUUAUUUAUACUAGUCAUAUUUCUAUUACUUAGGAUAUAAAGAUUAUAUGUUAUUAAAACUAAUAUAUUGAAUUACACGAUUCCAAUUUUGAUAAUACAUGUAAUUACAACCAUUCAUACAAAGUUCUUUGAAGAUUAGUAAAUUUUAAUAUAUAAUUAGAUUCUUAGAUCACAACUAUCUAUCUAAAUAUAUAAUCUCCUUGCAAUGGACAAUAUACCAGAUCACUAAUAGUGGCAAUACCAUUGAAAUAGAAGGUUCUGAUUAGUCAAUACAAUUAUAGAUUUUAUCUAUUUUAACAACCAUUUUUGGUUACCUCAUCACUAUCCUUUUGAUAACAAAUGUGGUUAAUUUUGGGAAACAGUCCCAUAAAUACAAAGUGAGUGCUGAGUUGAAUGAGAAUGUAUAAAGAUAUCUUCAUCGAGAUAAGAUUGAAUUAAUCAACAUUCACGAAUUCUAACAAGAGUUGCAACAAGAACUAAGAGAAGAACUUUUUAUGCCUUUAUUAAAUAAAUUACCGUUUUCCAAAUAAUUUUUAUAAAAUCUAUGUUAGAAACUCAAAAGUGAUGUUUAUUCAAAUGGAACAAUUUUGUAACUGUAAAAUCAAAUGAUGGAUAGAUUAAUGUUUCUAAUGAAAGGGAAUGUGGCUUAAUGUAUAGGUAACAAGGUGUUAGCCAAUAAUUAAAUUCCAAUUCAAUAUUUUUAUUGCUAAAUGUAAUGUCCAAUUCAAUUGAAAUGUUUGAGUGAAUCCUUAAUAGCCUACAUAGAAUUAAAUGAAUUUUUACAGUUGAUCAAAUUGUAUAACUCUGAUUUUCAAAAGUAUUGUAUGUUGAAAGAUAACUACAAGAUUGCUUGUCAUUGCUGUGGUUAUAGAAAUCACACUUUCCACCAAUGUAAUCAUGUAUUUUAUGUGCCAAAUUUUAAAGAACUCAUACUUUUAAACAACACUUCUGAGCCUAACAAUAGAAUGGGUUUUUGCAGAGACAAUGGCAAGAAUAGGAUUAAUGCUCUAAUGAACAAAAACCUUAUUUGUAUCACAGCUAUUAGUUUCGCCAUAAUCAAUUAAAUAGCUAUGGAAGUUGACUUAACAAAUGAAGUGAUGGGAAGAUUUCAAGGAACUCUAAACAAUUUUGAAGAUUCUAUAUUGAAUGAUUAUUAGGAGGAUAAGUCUUCUCGUUAGUCGAUAUAAUAGAAAAUUGGAACCUUUGAUGUUCCUAAAAGCUACAAUUAGGGAGAUAGUUAUAGCAGUCAGACUUACUUUUAGAGCAGUAUUCCAGUUCUGAAAGUGGAGGAGAGGGAAGCGUCUCAGAAUAGUCGGAGAUAUAUUCAUAAACAUUUGGAUUAUAGUGCAACAAAUAAUUCGAUUAAGGCGAAUUUGGUUAAGUCAUCGAAUUCAAAUGAAUUGUAAGUGAAGCGAACUCAGAAGGUUAAAUAAUCGAAUUCAAGUUGUUCGUUGAACAAGAAGUCAGGAUUGGGAGGUUCAGGAAUAUCUUAAGUAGGUUCAAUAAUUCCAUAAUAGGAAGUUUAUGAGGACGAUUUGGAUCAAGUGUGCAAUUAUGAGUAUUAUUAUCCUUCAUAUAAUAUCGAAUAUAUAGCAAAUGCUUUAAAUCAUAAAUAAAUGAGCAAAUACAUGCAGUUUGUCAAUUGA